AAAUCAUAGAAACAAUGUUUGCAAAAUGCCAGAAAUCGUGAGAGGCUUAUAGUUUCACACGCCGGUGGAAGUAAAAGCAAUGCUAGAAGAGCAACUCAGAUGGAAAAAAAAUUGGGAAGGCCUGUAUGUCGAAGCGAGGUUAUUGUAUCAACUUUGCUAAAGAAAGAUGGGAGUUAUGUAAGCGGGGAAGGACAACGAUUAGCUGAAAAGAUAGCAGAGCAUUUGUCUGAAGACCAAGAGCGUGCUGCCGCUGAAGGUAUUCAUUCAAAGGUCUUGGCUCAUCCGGAUGAUGCAAUUGGAAAAGUUUGUAGUCCUGAGAAUGGUAAGCGAGUACGUGGCUUUAGUAAUGCUGCAUAUCCCAGUGGUUUUGGCAAGUCAAAGCGCAUCUUUGGAGGGGCAAUAUGCGGAGGUUCUAGCGGUGCAUCGCAACAGCAUGUUGCAGAAUUAGAAAAGCAACUUCAAGAAGCUAAAGGUCAAGUGGCAACUCUUUACAGAUUUCUACAACAGAAAUACGGUGAUGAAGUACCUACCUUAUCUGAUUCUGUGCCACACAUUGAGUCGGAAUGAUGCACCUCAUGUCAUGUUUAUUUUAUUUUUAAUUUAUGUUUAGUUUAUACUGUGAUUAGAGAUAUUUUUAUUUCUUAUUGUACAAAAUUAUGCAACUUGGUUUCUGUUAUUUCUUUACUAUAUCUUUGAACAAUGCAUAUGCUUUAAAAUACUGUUAUUACUUAGUUUGCUUUUUUUUAUUUUAAUUUUAUUAUCGUUGCUUUGAUUAUUUA